AUCCCAAUCAAUCACCCUUUUAUCAACUUUCACCCACCACCGUGAUGGAGAGCGCGUCUCAUCAACGCGUCUUUUUGCCCCCAACAAAAUCAGCGGCACAACCAAAAUAGACGGCGAAAAGGUUUAUAGCUUCAUCUUUUUAGGAAUAAAUAAAUAAAUAAAAUUUGCGGAGAUAGAGACACUAUUCUCUGCACCGUAUCACCUCGAUAAUUUCCCCAGAGCCAUCUCUGUUUAUCUAUUGGUUUUUACAAAUUGCUUAAGGUUCCCCACAGUAAAAAAGGCGCCUGGGACUCGUUUUAUUGUCUGAGAGGGGGUGCUGGUCUUGGGAUCCUCUCUCACUGCAAUUAAGUUAAUUUUGGGUUUGGAAAUUUGAUUUGAAUGUUUCGGCAUAUGGAUGAGUUUUCUGAAGUUAUUUUUCUUUCGACUUGAACUUGUUCUCUAUCAUUAGACUAAAGGGUGGGUUCUUGGGCUAAUUGUGGAAUCGGUGACAAUGGGCUCUGCUUGUUGCUGUUUGAGGGAUGAAUGUGAAGACUUCACCAAUCCAAACAGCUCGAUUUAUAGGAACUGUAUAUGCCUCCGUUGCUUCAUUCAGAAUUUCAUGCAUAUGUACGUUUCACUAUUUCACAGAGGCGAAGACCACCACUCCUUAACCUCAUCCAAUCAGAGCACGACAUCUGUCACACCCAUGACCUCCCUCGACAAUUCCCUUGCUGACAUGUACCGUUCUCCCCCGAGGCCCCUCCCAUAUGAUGCGGACACUAGAUAUUUUCGCCUUCAGCGUGGGCUCGUCUCACGACGAGACAAAGGUUCGAGCCAUUCGCACGACGAGACCGAACCACUGAGGACAAUCGAGGCUGAUGAUGACGAAUCGGAGUCUUUCGGUGGCAAAAGUAAGAAGUGGAACGAGUUUAUGCGUGAUGAAGAUGAAUCAAAAGAGUAUAAUUCGAGAUUGUCGAUCAAGCUUUCGUCGGCAAAAGGCGAAACGGGGUUUUCUCAUAUUUAUACUUCCUCGGACGACGAAGAUGUUUGCCCCACAUGUCUUGAAGAAUAUACUGUGGAGAAUCCGAAAAUAAAUACAAAAUGUUGUCACCAUUUUCAUCUUGGUUGUAUAUACGAGUGGAUGGAAAGAAGUGAUAACUGCCCAGUCUGUGGUCAGGUGAUGGCAUUUGACGAGACGCCUUGACAUGAAUCCACGAGGUUCUCGUGUGAUUCUAGUCGUGAAUGAAACCAAAACCCACCUAUAGAUAUAUAGAUAGAUACAAAAUAAGAGGAAAUGCAGUAAGUGUAAAGCCAUUGUACAUACAUACAUCUUUCUUUCUUUAAGAAUUAAUGCUUUUCUCCAUAUGCUGAUAAUGUUGAGAGCAUAAAGUACCAUCAGUUAAUGUAUUACAUAAUUUUUCUUGAAACAUGGAAUAUAUUUUUCCGAAGCUUUUUGCCAUGGCACUUGAAUGAUAGUAGUUUCGUGUUUACUGCUACAUAUAUUACAUAAUAAAAAUAAAUACUACUAAAUAAUGAACUCGACAAGACAAGUUUUUAAGGUCCUCUUCAGUUGCUCUUCGGCCAGUGAACGAGCCUCCCUAAGGACAGGUCAGUCAGUUGAAUUUGUGUCUACAGAAGAAUUUCUUGGUCUCGAAUGAUUUUAUUAUUAUGUGCCGAAUACAUCAUUGGAUCACAAACAAAUAGGCGUGUGUUGAUCCAACGGGGCCUUGGAUGUCUUGCUUUGAAUAGAACUAGUUGAGAAACUCAAUUAUUUUAUUGUAAAGUGUUUGAG